AGCCUGGCCGCCCUUCUGGUCCCUCCCACACAUACCCGCUCAGUUUUUUUUUACCCUUAUCACACAUUCCAGAAAGCCUGCCUGCUGCAAGAAUCUCCUUAACAGUUUCCCAUGUGCCGUCUCGUCUGAUAACGCUGUAGGAUUCGGCUUCUGAGAGCCACUCGGAAGCGGGCGGUGACACUGCGUAAUCUGUCUGUGAGGCUGGAGGCGCUGGCUGGCGCUCCGAGGAACUGUCCCACACUGCAGGCAUGAGGGGAACCGGCAUCAGGGACGGUGUGCCCAAGACCCUCCUGGCCAGAGCGCUGUACAACAACCACCCGGACUGCUCGGACGAGCUGGCCUUCUGCAGAGGCGACAUCCUGACCAUCCUGGAGCAGCACGUGCCGGACAGCGAGGGCUGGUGGAGGUGUCUGCUGCACGGCAAGCAAGGCCUGGCCCCCGCCAACCGCCUGCAGAUCCUCACGGAGGCCCCGGGAGACCCACCGUGUCCCCCUCUCAGCUGCACCCCCCCAGGCUCGGAGGAGGCCUACCAGGUGCCCGCAUCCCCACGCUCCUCGCCUCCGGGGCCCAUAUACGAGCCCAUGAGGAGCUGGGUGGAGCCACCCACCGCCCAAGUCUACGAGUUCCCAGACCUGCCCUCCAGAGCCAGGAUCAUCUGUGAGAAGACGCUGACCUUUCCACAGCAGACCCUCUUCGUGCUUCCCAGACCUGUGAGGGCCUCGAUGCCAGCACUGCCUUCCCAGGUGUACGAUGUACCUGCCCAUGGCCGGCCCUGCUUGGUCCUUAAGGAGCCAGAGAAGCACCAGUUAUACGAUAUACCAACCAGCAACCAGAAGGCAGCCUUCCAGCCCCCAUGCAAACGAGAAAGCGGACAGAGCAGUCUGCUGAGCGCAGACUUCAGAAGAGGCGGCUACAACACCUUACCAAGCCCGCAGAAGUCAGACUGGAUUUAUGACAUGCCAGUGUCUCCGGGAAAGGCCAGUGUCAGGGAUGCGUCUCUAGCCAGCUUCACCAAAGCAUCGAAGCCAACUGCUGCCCCCGAGGCCAGACCAGCCACCCACAGCGCCCUGUGCGGCAGAGGCAGGGGCCUCGGUCCACCGUGUAAGGACGCACCCAUGCAGAAAACGCCCACCCUUCCGGAAACCACUUCCCACACCUUCCCCACACCUGGGAACCCAGGCCCUUCAGAUGCAAGUGUCAGCUACGAGGUGCCUCUGAGCUUUCUGAUUCCCCGGCUGGAGCAGCAGAACACCAAGCCCAACAUUUACGACAUCCCUAAAGCAGUAUCCAGUCUACCUCUGGCUGAGAAAGAGUUUCAAAAAGCCAAGGAGGCUCCAGAGAAUCCUGCGGGCCUCCAGCCCGGCCAGAUCUCGGGCUGGACAGCCUCCCUCUCUCCAGAGCUGGACAGACUGUCUGUCUCCAGCUCCGACAGCAGGGCCAGUGUCAUCUCUUCCUGCUCCUCUGCAUCCACCGACUCCUGCUCCAGCUCCUCUGCAGAGGAGCCUGCCAAGGAGCAUUGGCUGGACGCGGACAUGGCCAGAGAGAUGGCGAUGGCUCUGCAGCACGAGGUGGUCAGCUCUGCCACAGGCCUGCUGCUCUUCGUAAGCAGGAGCUGGAGGCUCAGGGACUCGCUGGAGGCCAACAUCCACGCCAUCCACAGGGCUGCAGACCACAUAGAGGGAGCCUUGAGACAGUUCCUGGAUUUUGCCCAAGGCGUUCACGGGAUCGCCUGCAACCUCAACAACAGUCACCUUCAGGCUAGAAUUCGGGAUCAGCUGCGGACCAUCUCCAACUCCUACCAGAGCCUGCUGGAGGCCAAGGAGUCCCUGGACAGCUGCAAGUGGUCCCUCGACGUCCUUUCCAUGGACAAAGUCCAAAACACCAUAGAUGACCUUGAGAGGUGUGUCGUUGUGGCACGGAAUGUUCCAGAAGAUGUCAAGAGGUUUGUGUCUAUUGUCAUUGCUAAUGGGAGGCUCCUUUUUAAGCAGAACUGUGAGAAAGAAGAUCUUGUGCGGUUGUCCCCAAAUGCAGAAUUUAAAUGUGCAAAAUGGGUCCAGCUUCCCCAGAAAGAAAUGGAAUCCUACCAAAAGAAUACUCCUCCUGCUACACGGAAGGAAAAUGGACACUCCCCUCCGCCGGCACUGACAGACAGUGAACAGAUGUUACCUGGGCUGGAAGAGAAAGAAAAGUCAGAUGAAAACAAGAACGUAGGGCCCGUGGCUCCAAGCUCUCUACCCCGACCUCCAAGCCGGCUGAGCCCGGAGAGGAAGGUCCACCUUUCGGAACACUGCCGGCUCUAUUUCGGGGCACUCUUCAAAGCCAUCCGUGCACUUCACAGCAGCCUCGGCACCAGCCAGCCCCCCGACGUCCUCAUCACGCAGAGCAAGCUGGUCAUCACGGUGGGCCAGAAGCUGGUGGACACGCUGUGCAAGGAGACCCAGGAGAGGGAUGUGCGUAACGAGAUCCUGUGUAGCAGCAGCCACCUGUGCGGCCUGCUCAAGGGCCUGGCGCUGGCCACCAAGACCGCCGUGCUCAAGUACCCGAGCCCCACAGCCCUGGGGCUCCUCCGGGCCGAGGCCGAGAAGCUGGAGCAUCACAGCAGGCAGUUCAGAGAGACGCUGGAGUGAGCCCUUCCACCGCCUUCCUCCGAGGUUAACUCUCCUAGUGACAGCCUGUGCAGCUCGGUCUAGUGCGACAAGCUCCACAGCUGGAGCAGACGCGGGACAUCCAGGGUCCACAGCACCCAGGGUCCGCAGCACCCAGGGGCUGAGCCACCCAGGACACUGACUUACCCACAGGGGGCAGAGAAGACAGUUAGGUGUUAAGUACAGACACCGUGAAGCUGGGGGUGACAUGUGGGGCAUACGGCAUCAGUGUUGGAAGUGAUAUCGCCGUGGAGAUGGCCUUGUGCGCUGGUUAAAGGCGUGCAUGCUUUACAUUCAUUCAUGCGACGAUUAUCUGCCAAGCACCAAUUGUGCAUCCAGUUCCAGGAGCUGGAAUGAGCAUCGGAGGCCCUCACAGUCCAGGAGGGAGCAGAGAUGAAGAGGCGGAGACACACAUCCUCCACACACGGGGAGAAAAAAGUUAGGAAUCAAAGGAACUUAGUUUCAAAGGAUGAAGAUGCUGCUUCCGUCAGGAAAUGUGAUACAUUUUUUUUUUUAUUUUGGAUUGAGUUAAUUCCUUGGGAUUGAUGCAAAUUACACCUGUGUCAUGCACAAAUAUCUAUGUGUUUACAGAUCUAUUGGCUACGUUAUUUUACCCUAGUUAAAGGCGCAUGCUACAGUUGCAACCUAACUUGCUCUGUUGGGUUCCCUAUUAACUUAUUUUGUAUAUUACAGAUUCUGUGAGCAAAUUGUCCCCGCUCAUCUGAGGAAGGUACUUCGACUGUUGUGCAUCAGUUUAUAAUGUUAUUUAAAUAUACUCACGAACCUAA